AUAUGUCCAGAACAAAGAGGCAGAUCGUGAAUCGUGGGAGAGAAGGAAGGAGCUAGCGAGCGAGUCGCCGAAGAGGCAAGAGAAGAGAAGGAAUCGACUGCAAUUGUCCUGCGAUUCUUUGCUCUUGCGUUCUUAGCAGCCGGAUCUCUCCAUAACAAUGACUACAUCAAGGCGUCUUGCAGAGAGGAAAGUUGAGAAAUUUGAGAAGAACAUUACAAAGAGAGGAGCCGUGCCUGAAACUACCACUAAAAAGGGGAAAGACUAUCCUGUAGGCCCUGUUUUGCUUGGGUUCUUCGUAUUUGUUGUCAUUGGAUCAUCUCUAUUCCAGAUUAUCAGGACAGCAACAAGCGGUGGAAUGGCAUAAGCAUACACUGAAUUUUGAGGGAUGGCUGCAAAUUGCUGCACAAUGUGUUUUCCUGUUAGCCAAUAGGAAAUUUAGAAAUACUAGUAUGGGACUGGUGUUUACAUGUAUGCUUGUGAAGAACUCAGUUUAUGAAUAAUAAGACGUCCCUUUUCUUUAAUCUUU